CGUGAAAAACCUCAAUUAUUUAUUAUGAGCCGAAAAAAAUCAACAAAUAAAGCAACAAUAAUCCUUAUAUAAUGCGGCGUUACGGUUUGAAAAACAAAUCGCGUUUCUUUUGUUAUUACGGCUGCCAAUAGCUAAAAAUAAAAAUUUCAAUUUAUCAACAGCGUAUUAUAAAAGUGUAAAUUAAUCCGGAAUAGUUUUUGUGCGAUUAGUGCGGGACGAGUCGAACGACCACCGGUUUUUAUUUUUUUUUUUUAAUUUUCUCAUUCUUUCUGAUUAUCAGUCGCUUUUUAGCUCGAUGGUGGUGUGCUAUACCAUGGAAGUGUUGUGGUGUAUUUUUUGGAUAUUGCUCGCCUUUUUUUUUUAUAUUUUUUUACAGUGGCGUAUCAAACAACGGGAAUUGAUCGGGGAUUAUUUUAGGGUGCCCAGUUAUAUGCCCAGGGUUCUAAUUUGUAAUCCACAAUCCGACCAAAACAACAUAUACAACAUAAGCGGGUCCGUUCAAGGGCAAAACCAACACGCUUACCCCGACGCUUACCUUUCGAUCGAUCACAUCGCCAUCACUAACGAGUUAAACAAGCCGCCGCCGAAAUAUGACGAUGCUCCUCCGUCUUACGAGGAAGCCCUGAAACUAGCGAUGGCUCACAGCAACUCGUUACAAACGUACCAAAGUGAGCAAGGACACAGCGCUGACUUACCGAGGACCCACUUACCGGCCGGUUCAUCGAUUGACUGAAUAGCUUAGCGACGCUCCAAUUAAACAUUCCGGAAAAGUCCCGCGGGCGGGAUUUUCAACAUUUCAAAACAAUUAAUGAUUAAUUAAAAGUAUUAUUUUAAGUGAUUGUGAUAAGUCUCACUAGGUUGUACGUAUAUGUAUAUAGUUAAGUUAAUAUGUAUAUAUAAAAAAAAAGUAGGUUUUAAGUUUGUAACUGAUAUUUUAUAUAUUAAAUUACUUUAGGUACCUAAAGAAAUGUUAAUAUGCUUGCUAUAGCGUAACUGAAAAUCUCAGCAAAUAUGUUUUAAUAAAAUUACGUAAACGUUA